AUGAAGUUCUCCGCCAUCCUCGCAUCUGCCCUCCUUGCCACCCAGAGCGUGUCUGCUCACUACAUCUUCAAGACUGUGAUCGCUGGCGACAAGUCUUCAACAGCAGCUGUACGCCAGCCUCAGAGUGUCGAGCCAUUCCAUGGUAUCACGUCUCCCGAUACGACCUGUAAUCACAACCCCUCCGCUGCCCAAGAGACCGUCGAGGUUCCCGCUGGUGGCAAGCUCGGAUUCCAACUGAGCAACAACAUGUACCACCAGGGGCCUGUCUCCAUAUAUCUCGGCAAGGCUCCUGGAAGCGCUGCGGAUUGGGAUGGCAGUGGCCAAAAUUGGUUCAAGAUCGCCGAGUGGGGUGCCAGCAACCUCAACCCCCUACAGUUCUCGUCUGUCGGCAUGUCAGAAUUUCUGACAUCUAUCCCUGAAAACACUCCUCCUGGAGAGUACCUCGCUCGUAUUGAGCAAAUCGCUCUUCACCUAGGCACAGGUGUUCCGGAGAUAUUCGUUUCAUGCGCUCAGAUCAAGGUCACCGGAGGAGGCUCUGGCACGCCGCCAACUGUCUCCAUCCCAGGAUACAUCCAAGACAACGACCCUGGUGUCACUGUCGACAUAUACAACAACAAGGGCAAGCCCUACACCGUCCCCGGACCUGCGGUUUGGCGCGGAUAA